GUUGGUGACAGAGGAUAGUUUCUAACGGAAUUUUCACAGGUUUUGAAUGUUGUUCGUAGUUUGUACAUGUUAAUAUUGUGUAAUACUGAGUUGUAAGAGACUGAAGGAAACCCACAUUUGUGAAAAUGGCGCUUUACCCGAUUAUAAUAAUAAAGAUAUGAAUUCUGAUUUGAGAUGUGCAUGUCUCAAACUCAUGUCUACUUUUUGCCACAAAUUGAGUUCACCUGGUGUCUACUUCUUAUGUUUAAUUUCAAAUAAGUUAGGAUUAGCUUGAACAUCACAUUUUGCCAUACAGCCCUAAUUAGGAUGGAAGCAAAAAAUGUUCAAGCUGUAUUGAGAAGAAUUCGUAGAACACUUAUUUGCAUGGAAGUUCAUUAUUUCAGAAUGCUAUUGAAAGUCUGAAAAGUCCUGUCGUACUAGUGCGAAAUUCGUGGAAGUGGAUAAGCAACGAAAAUAUGUGUCAGGUGUUGAUAUACCAUCCCGUGAAUGUCCUGGUGAAUACUUAUUAACAAGAGAACGGUGUUUGGCCUUGAACAUGUCUGCAUUGAGGAAGCCACCCAGUCAGCAGCAUCUUAGAAAUACAAAAUCCUUUGAAUCAGGGAAGAGGGAAAUGGGUCCUUCGAACAAGUCAUUAUGGGAUGAAGUACAUUCCUACCAACAAGAUGCUCCAAAGUUUCCAACAGUAGAACAACAACUUGAGCACUUAAUACCAUCAAAGGAAUUACUGCUGCAUUACAGAGAAAAAAUUGUGCAACUGAAUAAUGAUUACCAUGCCUUGAUAGAGAGAGUAGAUCAGUGCCAGUCUUUAUGUGAUUUAAGCUUUCAACUAGAGCAAGAUGUGGCGUGUCGCAAUUCUGAAGUAUCUAAGUUGCAGCAAACAGUGAGUGACCUUCAAGUUUAUGUGCAGCAGGAACGUGAACAUGUCUUACGAUUGUCUGCUGAAAAUGAUGGACUGCAAGUACAUGUGGCAGAGGACCAGAAGAAAAUUGCACUCCUCUUAUCCCUGAACCAUAUGACUGAACAUGACAUUGUAUAUCUUUCAUCUUUUCCACAACGUAGGGUGGACCAGUCUCAGUUUAUUCAUGGGGUAAGAAAUGUGAAGGACAAAUACAAACAAGAUACCAGUAACAGUUCACCUGAUGUUAACGGUAAACUUGAUCCAGACAGAGCCUCUAUAGAGGCCACUGCUCUCUGUGCCCAGUUGGAAGAACGUGUUAAGGUUCUUCAUAACCAAGUGCUCUCCCUUUUAAAAGACAGAGAAAUUAGCUGGAAGGAAAGAAAUUUAGAACAGAGAAGACUUCAGGAACAAGUAUGUGCUCUUUCUAACAGAUUAAAAGAUACUCAAGAUAAAUUGUGUGAUGUCACAAAAGAGCUGGUUGAAUGUAAAAAAGACAGUGGGAAUAAGGAACUCAAAUGGAUGAUUGAAAGGAAUAAAAUAUUGCAGAAUUUGGAACUGUGUCAGGAGAGGCUAGGAGAGACUUAUCCAUCUGUGUCAGGUUUUGCUGUGUCAGGAAGUGGCAGCAACUUGAAACCGAAAUCCAGUUCACAACUUUGUGCAGAGAUUCAUUCUUUAAAGGAUCAGCUGCAGCAAAAAGAUAGCUUACUUUCCAUGUGCCAAGAGCAAUGUAUACAGUUAAAUGAAGAGGCAACGAAGUGGAAAGAGCAAGUAGAUAUCAGCAAGAAAAUGUUUCGGGACAAAACCCAGAAGCUAGCUGGACAGGUGACAUAUGUGAAAAACAAAUAUAAUGACCUAGAUCGACGCAGGAAGUUGGAAGCAGAAGGUUUCGUCAAUGACACAAGAAUCUUAAGAGGACGUCUACGAGAUAUAGAGAAAAACGUUAGAAAAUUCUUCCUUAAACAAGCGCCAUCUCAAACAGCUGAUCCUACCAAUGAAGACCUUUUCUUAACAGCUCGACAAACUAGGGCCCAGUCACAGCAACUUGAACGAGAAUUAAGGGACAUUAAGAAAAGAAUUGAAGCAAUUGAAAUUGAUAUUGGAGAUGGUGAAGUAUAGCAGAGCUGUACAGCUUCUGUUCAGUAACUAUAGCAAAACUGGCCCUCAGCCUGCAUGUCUGAAUUUGUGGUGUGUGAGAAGAAAUUACAAUACAGCAGAAUCUGAAGAAUAGAAAAAUGAAUUGUCUUGUUUGGCUGUUUGCAUGAAUUCUUGAAUUUUUUAAGCUGGAAAAUAAUGGUAUUACUUCUGUGUUCUUUAUAUGUUAAGUAGAGAGAAAACUAUUUCAUUCUUAUGCUUACAUAUUGGAGUCUUUGGUUUUAAAUAUACUGAAUUCUAUAAUGGGAUGAUAAUGUAAAAAAUUAGAAAUAUACAGGCACCCAUAACAAAACAAAUGGAACCCCAAGAUAUAUUGCAGUUUCUUUCAGUGUAAACACUAUGACAGGGACAGCAUACCAGUCUUUAAGUGAAUCUUGAGAUAUGAAGAAUUCCCCUAGUUUAGAGCAGUAAUUGAUGAUCAAACACAGUAAUUCAGAGCUACUGAUAUGCCACUUUAAUCCAUCAUGUUAAAUUGGACAGGAUGGAUUACAGUUAAGAAAAAGAGAUGCAUACAAUGUCCUAGUCUUUAACAUUCUAGUUCAGUCAGACCUUUCAGGAAGGAAAAGUGAUGAUUCCUGCUUUGGUCACCCUACUUUAUUAUGUGCACCCAAACAUAUUGUCACAUGUUUUGUGUAUAACGCGACGAGUAACUUCACGCCGUAUUUGAUAUAU